UUCAAGGGGCCUAGGUCGACCCGCCGAGCGACAGCGUGAGCAUGGCAACGGCUGAAGGGACGCAGAGACCUGUGUUGGAAGUGGUCCAAGCAGAAGGUUGUGAUGAUUCAAGCGUUACAUUUGUGUUGCAUGAUGAGGACCACACACUCGGGAAUGCUCUACGAUAUAUGAUUAUGAAGAACCCAGAAGUAGAAUUUUGUGGCUAUAGCAUCACUCAUCCAUCAGAAAGCAAAAUUAACUUCAGAAUUCAAACAAGAGGCGGAAUUCCAUCUGUAGAGCCUCUUCGCAAAGGUCUCAAUGAACUAAUGACUGUCUGUCAACAUGUGCUGAAUACAUUUGAGGUCAGUAUUAAGGAAUAUAAAGAGCAACAUAGACAAGGAGAAGCAAUGGAUCAAUUGUGAUAAGAUACAUACAUUGCUGUAUACUUUUGUAUUUUGAAAAAUAAACAUUACUUUUUUUAAAAA